GAGCGGAAGCUACGCAGCCCCUCCGCCCCUCCGCCCCUCCGCCCCUGUGUCUACCUUUAGAGGCCCAGUGGUGCAGCAAGUGAGGCCGUGGACCCGCUGCUACUUUUCUCCACGCGUCCUGUGGAGGAGCCUCGCUCCGCGCCCCAAUAUGGCGGGAGGGCGCUGCAGCCCGCUGCUGCUGGUGCUUCUAGCCGCCUGGGUCGCUGCGGAGACGGCGGAGGAGGUCCGGCCGGAGCAGGCUUCGCUACCGGCUGAGCGGAGCAUGGUGCUUCCCAUGACCGCCUCCAACUGGACGCUGGUUUUGGAGGGCGAGUGGAUGCUGAAAUUUUAUGCCCCUUGGUGUCCAUCCUGCCAGCAGACUGAUGCAGAGUGGGAGACAUUUGCGAAGAUUGGUGAACUACUUCAUAUCAGUGUGGGGAAGGUAGAUGUCAUUCAAGAACCAGGUUUAAGUGGCCGCUUCUUUGUCACCACGCUUCCAGCAUUUUUUCAUGCAAAGGAUGGGAUAUUCCGUCGCUACCGUGGCCCAGGAAUCUACGAAGACCUGCAGAAUUAUAUUGUACAGAAGAAAUGGCAAUUAGUUGAGCCUCUGACUGGCUGGAAAUCCCCUGCUUCUUUAACGAUGUCUGGAAUGGCUGGGCUUUUUACCAUCUCUGGCAAGAUAUGGCAUCUUCACAACUAUUUCACAGUGACCCUUGGAAUUCCUGCUUGGUGUUCUUAUGUCUUUUUCAUCAUAGCCACCUUGAUCCUUGGCCUUCUCAUGGGUCUGGUCUUGGUGGUAAUAUCAGAAUGUUUCUGUGUGCCAGGUCCCAGGCAUCUGUCCGAACACCCCGAGCAGAAUCAGAAGUCCAAGGAGGCUCAUAGGGCCGACCAGUUGCUGGAUGCGGAGGAAGAAAAAGAUGACUCAAACGAAGAAGAAAACAAGGACAGUCUUGUAGAUGAUGAAGAAGAGAAGGAGGACUUUGGCGAUGAGGACGAAGCAGAGGAAGACGAGGAGGAGGACAACCUGGCUACUGGUGUGGAUGAGGAGAGGGGUGACACCCGGGACCAGGGGCCUCCGAGGGAGGCCCAGGAGGAGGAGGAACCUGAGGAGACUGAGGAAGAUGCCCCUGAGCAGCCCCGUUCACCUGACAUGGAGGCAACGGAAGACACCCUGCGGCAGCGCAAAAGUCAGCAUGCUGAGAAGGGACCAUAGGUUUAAAGACAGUAUUUACAAGACUAUAGAGCAGAGGGAUAUGUCAGCUUCCUUCUGGUCUUCCAUUUAAACCAAAUCCUCAUUGUUUCCUGAGUGAGCAAGCUUCUCUUAUAAAAAGAAAAAAACAAUUUCUAGUCAUGUGGUCUCAUGACAUUAAGCCUAAUGUAUAUAAAGGAGAAUCUUUCAGGCAUGACAAUCCGGAUACGUGGUGUUAGAAUAUGUUUGGGAGCUUGGGAUGGGCACAAGUUUACCUGCUUGGAGCUAGAGAGUCUGGACCUGAGGAGCUGACUCCAGCCCUCGGGAGCACCGUUCAUGGACGAGGCUGCAGGCCCCGCGGUGAAAGCAGAGCCACCUGAUGGCAGAGCCGCCAUCUCAAGUGCAGCAGAAGCUGUGCUUCCUCUUGCAUUAAAUAUGUAUUUUUUGUCAAACUGUAAGAAACAUCAGGCAUUGUAGUACAGUGUCCCUUUUGGAGAGAUGGAAAUUGAGAGGGCCCUGGAUAUUGUAGAAAUGAGCUUGGAAGUUACCCCGACUCUAAAUCUCCUUUGUCAUGCUUUACUUCUGACCUUGAGGUAUUUCCAGUGAUCCCAUCACAGGCCUGUGGGUUCCCCACACUCUUCACCCCGCUGCAGCGAGAGGAGGCAGACCGCAGCCGGGUGGACAUUGGCUGUGUUUGCUCAGCUUCAGGGUUCAGGUAAUCAAGAACUGCAGCCACGAAGCUGUGACUGCCGAGCCCCUCAAAUGCUGUGUUGUAACCUUUGGAGAUUCAAAGGAAGUAGAUUUUACAGGAAAGAGUUUUAUUGUUUUUUUGCCAAAAUGUAAGUUUUUUCAAAAAAAUUCUUUUAACACUAUUUUUUUUUUCAACCAAGAAGUCCCCUAAGUCUUGCCAGUACAAGGUAGCCUUGUGAAGAAAAUUGAACGGUGUUGUUUUCUUUCUGUCUCCAGGGGUUCCCUGAUUUGAACCACUUUAAUAACUGAAAAACCAUUUCUGGUUUUCCUUCACCGAUGUCCUUUUGCUGAAAGAAUUAAUGAAAGUGAAUAUCUGGAAAUGAAAGAUUUGGUUUCAUUUCCUUCUUCCUUAAUCUUGUAAAGAAUUUUAUCCCUGUAAAUCUCUCAAUGCUCAAUCUGCUAAAAGUACUCAGGGGGCCCAAGUUCUUUUAAAAAAAUCCAUCCAUCUACUUCUGCCUUACCUGAUUUAUGUUUUAGAAUAAAUUCAUAAAAUUAGAUUCCCAGCUUAUGAGAGAUGACUGAAGUUGAUUCUAUACCCCUUGGGUCUGGACAGAAUAAUAAGCAAUGCAGGUUUAUGAAAUUCAAAAGUUUCUGUCAUUUUAAAGAAGAAAUGUGCAGUGUACUCUUACCUGGCUGUUUAGGUAACCCUUUCCGUUUAUGAGCUCUGAACGCUGGAUUCCUGGGGAGAGGAGGAGGCUCUGCAACUUGCUAUCCUGCACUCGAAUGAGCCUGUUGCAAACCUCACACAAAGGGAGUUUUUAUUCUGUGAGAAACCAGUUUUGGAGAUGGUUAUUUUUCAUCUUUCCAGUUCUAUUACCUGACAGUCUCAUCCCACAGCAUGGUGAGGUUCAUGAAGGGGGACCAGUUCCUGCGGCUGUAAAGCUGGGAGCUCCCGCUGGGCAGAGGAUGUCAGAUCUCAUUGUCCUCCCAGCACUUUGACCCUCUCCCGCAGGCCCUCAAUAAGAUGGCUGGAGCCCCUCCCCCUCCUCCCUGCCCUACACACACAUACACACACACACACACACACACACACACCACCACCACCCCCCACCCCCAGAAGAGUCACCAGUAGUUUUUCUCUCAGAAAGAUAGCAUCAAGACUUCCAGUUCAAGGCCAUUAGGGAACUGAGGGACUGGAAAAUCUUGACUUUCGUUCAUUUCCUUUCCAUUGCACCAGCUAGGUCUCUGUCACAUCUUCAUCCGAAGUGCCAUCCUUCUGAUGGUGGCAGCUCCAGCUCCCUGAUACCAGGAAGCUUUUCUGGGUCAUUGCUGAGGUGGGUGGGCUUUCCUGUCACUGAAUUUUUUUCUCUUACAACUAGUGGAAGCAAGUUUUCAAAGGUCAUUAAGUUCAAGUUCAGGGUUAUAGAAUAAUAAAGGAUUCAACUUGCUUUUUCUGUAUAAUAUCCCUUCCCUCAUAAUAAAAUAAGUUUUUAAAGUGGAAUUUUUGACUAGAGAGGAGGGAAUGAGGAAUAAAAUCUACUUUGGCUUUUUAGAAAUGUAAGGCCAAUUUCCAGUUGGACCCCAAAUAGUACCUAAUUAUAUAAUUUUAAAAAAUGUAUUUUCUUCCUCAGCAAUAGUUUUAAAAAAAUGGAGGGGAGAAAAACAUCUUGGAGAAGAAAAUUCAUUAAAAGUUUAAAUGCCUGGCUAUGAAAACCAUUUUUCCUAUUUUUAACCUCCUGGCAAAAGAUGGUUUUUACCAAAUGGUCUGAUAAGUACACAUCCAGUUUCAUUUUUUUCUGUUUGUAGUGUUUAGGUUUGCUUUGAGUACCAACAAUGUAAGACUAAAGAGAAAAAGUCAAUCUACUAUAAUUUGAAAUUAGUUUAAUAUUUUAGUAGAAUUUUAAGGAUAUUUCUUAUAGCUAAUACAUUGAUUCUGGAAGUCAAGUACAUGGAAACACGAUUUUGAUAUAAAGAGUAAAAAAUUAUGAUGCUCUUCUCAUUGCAAUGUCAGUAAUUUAAAUACAAAAUAGUACCGUGUAUAAAUCAAAAUUAGGUGAACUAAUCAAAAGCAACUGGAAUUUGAAAUGGGAGUGCACUGCUCUGUGUGUGAGUAGUUGUAGCAGGGUGCUUUUCAUUGAUUAGAAGGAAAGUAGAAACUUAGCUGCCUUUCCCGUAGUUUCUUCUAUUCCUCAUCUUGUGGCAGUUCUGCUGCCCUAUCCCAACUUGCUCGGAGAUCUCACACCAAGGCAACCCAGAGCCAACCCACGUCUUUCCCUCUGAAGUAUAAGCACUGAGUGGGUGAGGACAGGGCUCAUUCAGAUUGCUGCGUCGGCUCAUGCUUGUAACCUAAUCUCGUGCAUGGGACCCCUGCUAGCCACAGGCCGCUACGUAGAGAAAUUCCAACUUACGUAGUAAAAAGUAAGCUUUGGCCAGUUUGGCUUUUGACACUGGAGAAAACCAAAUUUUGACUUGUUUAUGGCCAAAUCCCCUUGUAGAUAGCAACGGUGGUGCUAUGUGAUUUGGGUAUGUGCAAGCCUGCAGAAUCUGCAUCCUGUAACACCUUUGGGGUAGAUGAUAAAAUGUCCUUCAGGGCAAGUACUUAACAUGUGAAGUUUUAUUACUGAGUCCUGCAAGUUGACCCAGUAUGUUGCUUUACAGGAUGGGAAACAUUAAAGAGCCAUACACACAAAAGGGUAGAAUAUUCCUGAGAUUGCAGCAUAUAACCUUAAAUUGGCACAAAGUGAGAGAAAUAAAGGAGAUUGGUGCUUUGCUGAUGUAUCAAUAUUUACCUGUCCUUUAUCUCAGUAUUGAAGAGUUAUUUCUACCAGUGUUAUAAAUGUGUGGUAUACCCACCAUAUCAAAUAUAACAACAUUUUUGAAAGUAUUUAAAUCUUUUGUGCCAACAGAAAAGAUCCUUGUUUAGUAUUUCUUUACCUCAGCCCUACAUUUCAGUCCUCUUGAGGAUUAUAGCUUGUCUUGAAAAAACCAAAUGUGUCAUCAAUUCAGAUGAACCCAUGACAGCUUUUGAAAUAGUUUUCCUGAACCAGGAGGUUCAGUUGAAAGGCCUGUGAUAGCUUCAGACCAGCACAUGGCCUUGUUCUCAGUCCAGUUUCGUGUGAAUUGCUACAUUGUAUGUGUGUGACUCGUGCCAUUGAUGUGUUUCCAAUAUAGUGUAAUUGUAUUUGUUACUAAAGAGCUUCGUUGUGCAAAUGCAAGUUUUAUACUGAAAAUACUUAUUUGUAUUUCAAUGUUAUAAAUUUAUUAUUUAUAUUCUUUUGUAAUAGUAUUGAUUAUUUAAUCAAUACUAUUGAUAAUUAUUUUUCUCAUCAUCCAUGUAUUCUUUGCUUCCCCAAAUAGUAUCUACAGCAACUGGAAUCAAGAUAGGAGUUUCUAGCAGUACAUUGCCUGAAUUGUAAAGAACCUAAUCACAAAAUUGUACAUAAUCCCUGAUCCUGUAAGUUUUCACUUUAUGUAAAUUCCCAUUUGCCUUAAAACCUAAGUAUAAUGAUAACUAAGUAAGAACAAAACAAUCUAUUGCUUUUUAUAUAAGUAUUUUCACACAAGUCCUUUGCCUAGGCACUGUAAAAUAUUACUUUGAUAUAAAGCUAAUUUUCCUCUGUC